AUGCAGCGUUCUUUGAUUUCGAGAUUUCGAGUUCAGCGUGAUGGUUGUACCCCGUUCGAAUUGGUGCACGGUAGGACCUACAGCAGCAAGUUGUGUUUGUUUGGCUCGUUUGUCUACGCCCAGUACUUGCCGAACAUGGAAACCUUGUGUGUGGCUAGGCAGAUCAACUUUGGUUUGGGCAGUUUGAACUUGGUGGCGGAUUCACAAGGCAUUCAUCAAGCAAGAAGCGUCAGGAAAGCAGCGAAAGAGUAUGACCUUGAAGCGAUCAAGACAAUGAAGGGAGUGCCUUGGGAUGCCACUUUGUCCGUAGUGCCUGUGAAGAAGAAAACCAAAAUCGUCCCGACUCGCAUGCCCCAGUUGGUAGAAGAGGUGGAAGCUCCAAGUCCACCGGAUGUUGCGGGUAGUGAUCGUCUCAGCAGUGAUGCCCCGAUGCAAUCCAGUGGAAGCGCUGGAAGUGACACGCCCAUGGGUAGCAGCAGCAGCAGUGAAUUGAUCCCAGACCUGGCGAACAUGGUGAAUCGGUUAGAGGAAGAGAUGCCCACGGGUCAUGAACCUGAUGUUCCAGACUUAGGCGACAAUUGGGCCGAUGAGGUCAACGAUGAAGUCGAUUGGCGAGUGGAGGAGAUCUUGGACAAGGCAGGUCUCCGUGAAUACGAGGCAGGACCCCCCGAUCUAACAGCAGAAGAGCUACAAGCACUAGAUGAAGCCAUGGAUCAAGUUGAGACAGAUCGCUUGUUGAACAUGGGAGUGCUAGUGAGGUUGGAAGAUGAGAGUAAGAAGGCUACAAUGGUGAAGCUUGGGUGUAAACAUGUUCGAGAUUGGCGGUAUCGAGAUGGCCAUUGGCAAAGACGGAGUCGUCUAGUUGCAAAGGAAUUCCGUUUUCUCGAUCCUAGCAUGACGCACCUAUAUGCUCCAGCAUCGCUUUCUGCACUCCAACGUCUAUUUGCUGCACUUGUGUGUUCGAGUGGUGGCAAGCUUAGGAUGUUCACUGGCGACGUGAAAGAUGCAUAUCUCAUGGUUGCGCAAAGGAGAGCAACUUUUGUACAGCUUGGCAAUGUGUGCUUUGAACUAAAGUACAACCUACCGGGCCAGCGUGCCGGUGCGAAGGACUGGUAUGACAAACUACGCGGGGUUCUUGAGGCAGACGGCUUGAAGGCGUUCCCAGCGGCGCCUGCGCUCUUCUUGGAACCUCGCAAAGCUGGCGUGCCCAGUCACGUAGAUGACCUGGAGGUCAUUUGCGAAGAAGAAAGGAUGGAUCAAUUGAAGGCCCACAUGGAGAAGGCUGGCCUCAAGGAUGACACCCCGUUGAAUGAGGAGAUGUAUGCAGCGUACCGUUCAUGCGUCGGAGUCUUGUUGUACAUUGGGCCAGACCGUCCGGAAUGUUUGUAUGCCAUCAAGAUCCUCAGUGCAAAGUGUACCUGCCCUACCAACCAUGAGUGGCACUUGCUGUGUCAUCUUGUAAGGUACCUGAAGACCAACCCCGAGCAGGGCAUCCUGAUGACAGAGUGUUCGCCAGGGCGGACAAUCUUGGAAAGGUGCCUCGGCUUUGGAAGCAACGAUGGGUUCAGCAAAGAUGGAAAUCCUUUCGGAGGGAAUCACUUGAUCGAAGCAGUGUCGGAUGCCUCGUGGGCAGGAGAGCCUGACAGGAAGUCAGUCAGCGCUAUGGCGCUGUAUCUAAACGGCAACCUCCUACAUGUUGGCAAUCGAAGGCAGAAAGUGCUGGCGUUAAGCUCUUGCGAAUCAGAGCUACAUGCUGCACUUGCCACAUUGCAGGAAGGGCUGUUCCUCAAGAAUGUGAUGGAGUUCCUGUGUGAUGAGAGCGUAACCCUGCUGCAUAGAGUGGAUUCGUCAUCAUGCCGAAGUUUGAUUCAGCGCGAGGGGCUUUCUAGAACACGACACAUCGACCUUUGCUACUUGUGGGUGCAACAGAAAUACCAAGAAGGCCUGUUUAGCACCUCUGCAAUUUCGACUCAUUUCUGCCCACCGGACCUGAUGACCAAAGCGAUGGCUCGGGACCGCAUGCUGUUGCUCAUGUACAUGUUGGGAGUUGCAAACCACGAUGGCGUUGUGUUGGGGGAGAAAGAGUUCGAAGCAGAGUGGACAAAGAGAGAAAUCAAGAAAGCCAUGAAAGUGAGCAUCAACAGUCAGUGCAAAGCAGCAGCCAACGACUCACUCAGAAGACUACUCCUCUUGUCUUGCAUAGGAACUACAGAAGCAGCUUGCGCAGUUGGCGUUGGUGUUGCUGUCGCAUGGAAAGUGUGGAUUAUGGCAAUGACGAUGACAGCGAUGAUGCUGCUGGUUGUGCUGGCAGCAGUGACAUGGAGAGACCCAGAAGCAGCGGAGAUUCCUCCCCGCUUGGAAGUGGAAACGAAGCAGAGAGAGAUUCCUCCCCACUUGGAAGUGGGAACGAAGCAGAGAGAGCAUCGCAGCGAUUUGGGAGAUCUCCUGAGCGCAAAGAGCUACCCGAAGAGCGUGAAGAAGGACCACGAGCACCAGGGACCCCAUGUCCCGGAACACCGUUUGCAGGAAAACUUGGGAAGAAUGCAUGCUUGGAGCUGGAGUCCGAUGAUGAGAGAAAAGUGGUCAAGCGAAGAGUUGUCACGAUUGAGUCCAAGCACAGCGCAAGAAUGGAAAACUCGAUCCCCAGAUGGCACAGUCCCCAGCGGUGUUCGAAAUCUCAUGGCUCUCCAGCUUCAGAAGUACAGUGAGCUGGUUCAGUUGGGCGUUUUGCGCCCUAUCGACGUUGACAGGGCUGGUGCUGAGCUCUUGGUUCCUCCUCACUCCGAGCUCUACACGCAGUGCGUUGCUGAGUACCGUGCGAAACACCCUUUGGAGGUGAAGGGGGGCAUCGUCGUGCUCCCGGAGGACCUGAUGCAGCUCCACACGCACUUCCUGGUGCGGCUCCACAUGCACAGGUACCUGUACGAGUUCCACCACCUCCUGCUGUCCCCGCUCCUGUUCCUCAAGUGGCUGCGAGAGUGUACGUCUUUGCGAACAAUGGAAAGAAGUUCCACAGGCAAUGCAGACCUUGAAAGACACUUCAUCUUUGUGCCCUACGACGUGAUGUCUGGCGGCCGGCAGCUGGCAGAUGGAGUGAGAUGUUCUGAGUUCGUAAUUAGAUCUUUUGCUUUGCAAAUUUCUUCAUGUGCAAGGGUCAAGCAGAUGAUCCGCUGGCUGGAGGUAGUGGACCGCUUUGGCCUCCCCUCGAAACACCGUGUUUUCGUAAGGUCGGAGCUCCCGACCGGGGAGGCUGAGCCACAGCCCCUGAUCAGGGAAACGGCGCUUUGUGGCUUUACAAAAGUUUUCAUGGUCAUGGCCUUGACCCCAGAAGAUGUUGCUCAUCUCGUGAGGGCAGCAACAGCUGCAGCCGAGAGUGCCUCGAAAGCGGCUCUGGCAGCCGAGAGAGCUUCGCAGAGCAGCAAGGGCACAGGAAGAGCUGGAUUCUCGGAAGCCUCCAAAGUCUGUAAGUGUCCAGACAGCUUUGGUGGUGGCACAGUCGAAGAUGACCAGACAAAGUGGGCUGAUUUUUCUAUGGCGUUCAAGGCAUGGCUGUAUUAUGGCGAUGAGAUGUUUCGUACAGACCUAGAGGACCUCGAGGAGUCUGGGGAUCAUGACAGCGUUGAUGAGUUUUCCUUCGUUUUCGAAGGCGGUGCACAUGUGCGACAACAAGUUCAGCUUUCCAUGUCUGAGUCUUCAACCUAUGCAGAAGUGCGAGAACGCGUGCUGUCUUUUGAGACUGUGUCGCAUGUGUACAAUGCUUCGAAGAUCCAGCAAGAGUUUGGCGUCGGUGCUGUCUACAAUGGUCCUCAACCUAUGGAAAUAGAUUUGGUUUCCAAGGGCAAAGGUAAGUGGUGGACCAAAAACAACCAAAAGGGUGACUACAAAGGAAAGAAGGGCGAUGGAACAAAAGGAGGCCACAAAGAUGAUAGGACAAACAAAGGCAAGGGCAAGGGUGACAAAUCGGGUUCUGGAAAAGCUUCAGCUGACAAGGGCAAAGCUAAAGGGCAGGGCCAGGACAAAGUGCCGAAAGGGAACUGUCUGUACUGCGGGAAGCCGGGACAUUGGAAAAAGGAUUGUUGGCAAGCCAAGCGAGAUGGUGCUGUUCGUGCUGUUACAGAGUCAGAUGAGCCCAAUACGCAACAACAGACAAGCGCAGCAGCAAGCAGCCCGGUUUCGCAGUCCUCGGCGUCCCAGGCAGGAGCAAUCAGAAGGGUUUUGCAGUCCUCGAGUGCACCCAGAGCCUUUGCGUUCUUUGAUUUGACGAGUCAAGAUGAGUGUUACAAAGGGAGUGUUCGCAUGGUAGAGCAGUACGACAUGUCUUACAGCGACAACGAUGAACAGUGGACAGAAUGUGGAGAUAUAGAGUUGAUUUUGGACUCGGGAGCCGACCAUAGCGCAUUGCCUCUUCGUUUUGCCUCGAUUGGCAAACCAGCAGGCGACUCAGGACAUACCUUCGUGGAUGCACAAGGGAAUGAUCUUCCUGUUGCACAGGUCCGAGUAGCAGAGGUUACCUUGGGUGACAUGUGCUUCAAAGAAAAUUUCAUCAUUGCUCCUGUCAACAAUCCACUUCUUUGUCUGGGGACGGGAACUGAUGAGCGACUCCAUGUGCGAGCCAUCACUUUGCGAUCAGUGCUUGCAAAUCUGCCGACUGAUGGGUCUUUGGUGCAAGUAGGUGAAGCAGUUUAUGCCAGGUGCGGCUUCAGUGCCAACUACAUCAACACGACCUUGCUUCCUCUGCAGUCGUUGCUGUGGAGGCGAACAACACUUGUGAAGCGAGUGGGGCAAGGUUGGGACUUGAUAGAGUUCUGUGAGGACAUCAGCAAGUUGGACGAUUAUGAAGCGGGCUUGCCUAAUCCUCAGAACAUCGAGCUGGUGAUGACCAUUGCGCACGAUCACGAAGUAAGCCCCGAAGAGCUUGGUUUCGAGUUUGACGCUGAGCCUGAGCAAGCCGAAGCAGUACCCGCAGCUCCUGAUGAAGCCGAAGUACCUGUAGAGCAGCGACAUGUCCCACUUGCCGACAAUGAGGUUGAGAUUGAUGGGGUCCGUUUGGACCUGAACUCGACACUGCAGGCCUUGAGAGCAGGUUGCGUUGCUCUUGGAUUGACAAAGCGAGGGAGCAAGAAGCAAUGUCUAGAGCGACUGCGACGCCACAUCCAGGAACAUGCUUUGUUGGCAGAGCACCAGGCGGUGGCUGCAGCAGUUGGUGACUCAGAAAGAAAGCCUCUUGGUGUGACUGAGCCGGGAAGUCCGACCCCCGAGCAGGUGGCGACUCACUGCAUCACCCACCAGCCCUACAGAAGCUGGUGUGGACUCUGUGUGGCUCACAGGGCCAGACAGGAUGCUCAUCAUGAUUUGAACCAUGCACGCACUUCAGAGUCAGUGGUUAGUGUGGACUUUGGGUUCUGCAAGCGACAGGAGACACAGGCACAUCUUCUGACAGUCCUGGUGGUUCACGAUCGGCAUUCUAAGGCUGUUCAUGUGAUUCCUUCGUUGAGCAAGGGUGGUCAAAGCCUUUCGUAUCUCAGGACAGAGUUGACAAGAUUUGUGGCAUGGUUGGGACAUCGCGAGGUUUGCUUCAAGUCCGAUGGCGAGCCGGCUAUCAAGGCAGUGGUUCGAAGUGCAGAGCGAGCAUGCAGACAACUUGGUAUUAAGGUUCGCAGUGUUACAACUCCGGUGGAAGAUCAUGAGGCCAAUGGUGCAGUAGAGCAGGCAUGGAAAAGCAUAAGAGCGCAUGCAGGUGUCAUGGUUUCGCAAGUGGAAACCAAUGGUGGUGCAGAAGGCCGAGUGGUGUUCGGGAGUUUGCAUCCUUUCUACAUGUGGUGCUUGGUGCAUUCAGCUUGGAUUCACAACAGAUUUGUAGUGCAACAUUCGUUGACAGCUUUUGAGCGAGUGACUGCGAGUCAGUAUGUGGGGCGAAUCUGUUGUUAUGGAGAGGUAGUGCUUGGAUACCUUCGCACAAGUGCCAAGGUGACUUUGGCUCCUUGGGAACAUGGCUUUGCUAGUUUGGGUGGCAAGCUGGUGGUGAACAAGCGGAUUGUGGCACCUCAAGUGGCAGCCCCGACUCCGAAUCCUGCACCUAGUCCUGCAUUGCUUGGAGCUGGCGACGAAUCAGAACGGGUCAGCAGCUCAGGCGAAAGCAGAAGGACCAGCGAUGUUGAGGAGCCUGAGAUGCCGGCCGAGGCGGGGACCACAGAGAUGCCUAUGAUUCACAGCAGGAGUGAAACCAGCAAUUCGUCGAUGUCACUGCCGAGUACUGGGUCGUCCAGUGAGCUUGUGCCAGAUGAGGCCAUGGCUUCAAGGACGAGAACAGCAGAACAGGCAGCUUGUGAUGUGGCUACUGGGUUGAGUGAAAAUCCUAGAAGCCCCAAGGCACUGAAGGUGAGACAUGAAGUCAAUCGACUGGAGUUUGCUUGUGUGUGCCAGAUCAACGACAACAAGUAUGAACAUGAAGAUGAGGCCAUGGAGUGGACCUUGUCUCCCGAAGAGCUCGAUGACCUGGAAGAGUAUGAUCAUUUAAUCGAGGCAGAGCGACGUGAAGAAAUCGACUGGGAGAACGUCGAGGCGCAGCUGGUGUUUCCGCGAGACACUGAACAUGCUGCGUUGGACAGAUUGGCUGAUGAGUACGAACUCAAGCGGUUGACAGAUAUGAAGGUGCUACUGUCAUGCGUUUUACCUUCGCUUUACACGUACUUGCAGGCCCGGGAUGGAGACUGGGUGCUGGGAUCGAUGGAUGUGUCAGACGCACUCCUCAUGGUUGAGCAGGAGGUGGCAACUGAAGUGAGCUAUCAGGACCCUGAUGGGAGAGCAAGGAAAUUUCUUCUGGGAAGACUUCUGCCAGGACAGCGUGAUGGGACAGCGAAGUGGCGUCGGAAGCUGAGCCAAUGCCUAGAAACCGAUGUGAAUGCUACAGCUUGCGCUGCGUAUCCGAGUGCUUUUCGCUGCAACACCCCUCAUGGUGCAGUUUUCUUGCAAACACAUGUGGAUGACAUUGAGUUCUUGGGGAAGCGAGCAGCUGUGAAGCAAGAUUUUAAGCCCGCCAUGGAGAAGCACUUCAAGGUUUCAUGUCAGCUUUUGGAGAAGCCCGGAGACGCUAUGACAUUUUUGAAGAGGUUGCAUGUGUUGGGUGAGGGAAACACCUUGACCAUUACCCCACAUCCUAAACACGUUGAAAGGCUUAUGGAGCUUAUGGAUCUGGAACCUCACAUUUGCAACAAGAAGUGCCCUCUGCUGCCAGGAUAUACCGAAAUCGAUGUGAGUUCAGCUUUGGACGUGCAGAAAGCUUCAGUAUUUCGUACAUGCAUAGGCAUUCUGCUUUACAUGUCAGCUGACUUAAUCGAAGCCCAGAACAGUGUCCGUUUCCUUUCGCAAAGAAUGAGCAGUCCGAGCAUGCGAGAUUUUCGAAUGUUGCGACAUUUGGUGCAGUAUCUUGGAGCGACUACAAACCAGGGAUUGCUCAUGACGCCUGAGAAAGGUGGUCUGUUAGGCCGCGAGUAUGAUCGCGAGUGGGUUCUGGAAGCCUUCUCUGACAGUGAUUGGGCCUCCCAGAAGGGAGAUCGGAAAAGUGUGAGCUCUGGGGUUGUGGCUUUGCAAGGCGUUUUAGCAGACUGCAUGUUGCUGCAAGUUGUCCUGUGCACCAUGUUGGAGAUUGAGGUUGAAGCGUUGCCGAUUGAGUUGCAUAUGGAUAGCUCUGCAGGUGAGCUCAAUCCUGCUGAUGUGUCCACAAAGCUUUUAACAAGAAGUCGUGUGCGCUUCCUGAUGUACCUCAUGAAGGUCGUUGAUGCGUACACACAUGAGAGAAUUGGAGAGACAGAGUACAACCUGUAUCUAGAAAAGCGAACAAUGCAGAUUGCAAUUCAGCAAGUGAAGCGCCUUGAGCCUGGGAAGAUGAAUGGCAGAGCAAAGCAGGCCAUUCGUGGCUUGGUGAUUGCUUCGCUCACUUCGAGUGGGAUGGCAAGCGAGUUGAGCGAGGAAAUGGUGUGUAUCUCGAUGACUUCGACAACAGGUAUCGGGCGACUUGUCAUGACAGUUUUGGUGGUGAUGGUUUGCGUGGGCUUAGGUGCGUUGUGGCUGAGAUGCGUAAGGGUGAGCGAGCCUGAGCAGACAGAUGAGCGACCAGCAGCAAACAUGGGAUAUGAUGCUGAAACCCAGACAGACGAGUGA